UUUUAUUAUACCAGUGAAAUUCCCAAGUUCUUUCGUAUUUUGAAGAGUUUUAAGGAUUCCUGCCGACACUUUUCUUGAGGGAAGCCAUGCCCUACCACAGAGUCCUUCGCCUGGUCCUGCUAAUGCUGUGUGGCAUCCUGGUCCCUGCUGUGCUGACAGCAGAGAAUCCGCAGGGCCCGGUUCCCACCCUCUGGAACGAGCCACCCGAGCUGCCCUCCGGAGCUGGCCCCUUCGAUGCUGCCACCACCACAGCCCGGCUCUCAGAUGCCACCGCCUUGCCCCCAUACACCUCCGAGCUGGAGCCCGAGGACACCACCCACCUGCACCGGCUGGAUGCCGGGGAUGGCUCACUGGGGCCCGGAGCUAUCGGUGCCAUUGUCAUCGCCUCCCUCCUGGGUACAUCUGUGCUUGUGGCCUUGGUCGUCAUCACACUGAGAAAGUUCUCGGCCUCCUGAACUCAAUAAAAGCUUUUUCUGUAACACAA